CAGUAAAUAAAACUACAAACCUUUAAAAUCCCUCAACCGACUUGAUCAUAGAAUUGAGAUAAUUUCUCACUUGUUUAUAAAUGAGCUAAAAGUGGCCUGCAACUCUUUAACAAACUCUUUGCAUCUAAAAGCAAAUCAGUGGCACUUCAAAUGAGUGAACAUUUUGGUAUGUUUUUGCAUCAUGACCCCGUCAGUCUGCUCCUUGAACCGUUCAAGCAGGCCAUUGAAAAGACACAUUGUUUCACAUUGAGUCUGUCUUCAGCUGUGGUCACUGUGUAGGAGACUGAGACAGCAGAACACUGAAGCACAGCACAUCACUGCUGCCUGCAGACAUGGGUUGUUAUGAAUGCUGUAUGCGCUGUCUGGGAGGAGUGCCGUACGUCUCUCUGGUGGCCACUCUGCUGUGUUUCUCUGGCAUUGCUCUGUUCUGCGGCUGUGGACAUCAGGCCCUGACAGAGAGUGAAAGGCUUAUCGAGACUUACUUCACCCGUGACCAUCAGGACUACAUCACUCUAGCGUACCUUAUUGAGUAUUUUCAGUACAUCAUCUAUGGUCUGGCCUCCUUCUUCUUCCUGUACUGUAUAGUCCUGCUGGCUGAAGGCUUUUACACCACCAGUGCAGCUCGGCAGUCAUUCGGAGAAUUUCGUAGUACAGUUUGUGGUCGCUGUCUCAGCACAACGUUCAUCGUGAUCACGUAUUUCCUGGUUGUGGUCUGGUUACUGGUGUUCUCCCUCUCUGCGCUUCCUGUCUACUUUUUCUACAACAUGGCAAACACCUGUCACACUAUCAACAUCCUCUCUGAGACGCCCUCCAGCAUCAACCAGCUGUGCAUUGAUGCCAGACAGUAUGGUAAUGGCCCACUCACAUACACUGUGUCCACCACCUAUAACUUUGCGGUUCUGCGGUAUCUGGGAAGGAAAGGCAUCAGUCCGCGCUGUUAAUGGCUGUUCUGUCCUGCUGUCCUUCUACGGUCAAUAACAGCACCAUAUUGGAGCACAUUCGAAAUUCUCAUCCUCUUCUUUUCCACAACACAAUUUCCUGACAUUCUUUUAGAUUUUUGGGGAUGUAAAGAUUUACAUAUUUGGAAUCCUUGCUCCAAACUGUCUUUCAUCUGAUUUUUCUACCGAUAUACUGCUCCCGACCACUAGAGGAAAUAUUCUGCCUUCAAGUCUUCUGGGAUGUUAUAACUGUGCUAAUGUAGCAAAACAUUAUGUAACAGCAUUGGGUGUGUAACAGAUUCUUUAUAUGUUUUAUCUUGUAGUUUGGUCACAAAAGCCUGUUACCACCUAAACGAGUUGCGUGUUCUAGGCAGCUUAUUUCCUACACUGCAAAAAAUGAUUUUCUUGCUUAGUAUUUUGGUCUUGUUUUUUGUCAAGAUACAAUUACUCAAGAAGCAAAAUGAUUUAAAGGGAUCGUUCAC